CGUAACAACAAGGUGGCGCUAAGAAGGCAAACCGCAGCAAGGGAGAUCAGACAGAGAGUUUGUUUGGUGAAUAGUCUUGUGGUUUCGUGUCGUGGUAAAGCUAUCAAGAAGCACCAUGCUUCAAGAAGAUAAUGGAAGAGUCAAAGUGUACGCCAGAAUUCGGCCAACAGCGAGAUUUGCGCAGGACAUGAUCGAACUCCUGCCGGAUGGAAAGUCCGUGAACAUUCACUGCAAGAAGGAUCUCAGAAGAGGCUACAUUAACAACCAGGUAUUAGACUGGAAUUUUCACCUGGAUCGCGUCUUGCACAACGCCAGUCAGAGCGAUGUUUACGAGGAAUGCGCUAAAGAUAUCGUGACGCAAGCCUUGGACGGUUACAACGGCACAAUCUUGGCUUACGGACAAACUGGAUCAGGGAAGACAUUCACCAUGACCGGAUCUACCGAAAAGUUUCAACACCGCGGGAUCAUCCCACGGGCAAUUCAACAGGUUUACAGGGAGAUCCGUGAGAGGCCCGAGUAUUCCGUGAGUGUUCGCAUCUCGUACCUAGAGAUCUACAACGAGCGAAUGUUCGAUUUGUUAUGUACUUUGCCGGGUGCUAUCACAACAGACCCAUCUCUCAUGACGGUGACUGACGAUGAUGAUGGAUAUACAAGGGUGAAAGGACUCAGUGUUCGUAACGCGAAUAGCGAAGAAGAGGCGCUUAAUUUGCUUUUUGAGGUAAGGGACUCUAACUAAUACUUAACUCGUAAGGGUCUCUAACUCCUACUACUACCACUACUAACUUCUACGAGGAAGAAGCACGUGACCUAACACCACCCAUAAAACAAAAGCAGACUCCAGCAUAAGAUCAGUAAACCUCAUCCCCAGAUUUCAAUUAGUUUAAAAUUAUCACCUGAAAAAUGGGGUCUUUCUGCAAGAACUGUCAUCACAAAAGAAACUAUGCAACCAAACAAAAUAAUAGAGUUCUCUUGGGGGUUUUAUUGUUGGUAGUAUUGUUUAUUUUGUUGUACGUAAUCUGUGCCUCGGUACACAGAGGAGGAACCAAAAAAUGGGUUAACCCUUUUACACAGGUCACUGUAUAUUAGCGAAGGGAGAGUCACUCAUGAUUAGGAUGAUCAUUUGAGGCAAAACCCAUCACCGAAAAAAACUCUUAAGAUAGAAGCUAGAUAAACAAGACCCACGAAAAACUAACCCCCAAAACCCUAUUUUCAAGUCUUGAAGUAAUAUCAUACAGUUGCAGUAAUAGACAUUAAAGAAAGUAACAUUUUUUAUAAAUUGGCUACCUGGUCAUUGAAUGCACACCUGCUACCCAGCUCUUACAACACCUCACAGGAUUUGCUGAGAAAACAGUAAACAAAGAACAGUAACAAUGGACCCUAGCCUAGCCCUAACACAAUAGAGCUGCACGCUAUAGAAUGUUCGAUGAACUUAGAGGAUCUAGAGAGCUGCAUACUAUCCGUUUCUAUCUCCUACCUUCGUAGCCUGUGCCACAGGUGGAACUAAAGUUCUUGUUAAGUGCAUCUGUGUGAGACAGCACCAAAAUCCUUGUUCACAGCCCCCACUUCAGCACCAGUAUUUAAGUACCUGCCAUGAUUGGCUUGUCAAAAAAGCCAUUGUCAAUUUAUCAUUAAGGUUGAAGGGUAAUUUGAAACCAUUUCCGGUAAUUCGUUGAUUCUGUUGGGAAGCCAGAACAAGGAUAUUGGCGCUGCUUUGCAGAUGUUACUUACUGGGGCUAGAUUAUGUCUGUGAUGCAGGCUACCUCCACUGUCCCAUUUCUAAAGUAAAAGAAUCUGGCAUACACCCUGGAGGUAAGGGGUUAUCCCCCCCCCCCUUGAAGCUUUUGAAUAGCAGGGUUAGUCAGUCUGGAAAUGUGGGUGAUAAUGUUCAAGUUAACUGCAAUGUAGUCAGUUUCUGUGCUUGUUAAAGCACAUUGCAGUUUACUUGAACAUUAGGAGGAGGGACAGGGAAGUCCAAACCUCCUGCCUUCUGUAACUUGCACCCUGCCCUGUUUUACUUGGCUUCUUCCCUUUAGCCUUUGAUUACAAGAUAAAAGUGUUGUUGUAUUAUUUCCCCCCUUUUCUCCCACUUCCCAUCCUUUUAGAUGUCCCACCUCUCACCCUUUCCUCUCUUGCCUCCUGUACCCCUCCCACCCCCUGCCCUCCCCCUCCCCCUGGGCACCCAACGAUGGUUUCCUCCCAAAUGCAUUGAAAGCGCUUUUUUAUAAUUAUCCAGAGUACUUUAAGACCUUAACAAAUGUAUUAUAAGCGGCACUAUACAAUUUGUAUCUGUUCAGUCAUCCUAGGGGAACUUAAGUCUUUUUGAAAUUGCAAAACCUGGCUUCAUUGUUUUCUUCCCAAAAAUGUUAGAUACAAUUUGGCGCGUUACGAAAGAGAAUUUUUUUUGUUCAUCUCUCCAUCACAUUUUUGAAUCCAAAAAUUUUAGGUUUCCUUUUUCCUACAAGAAAUAGCCUAGCCUGGGGUGUGAACUGUGAAAAAAUAAAACUUCAGAAAGUCAUAGGGAAUUUAAUUAUUAGAUAAGCUGUACGUGAACGGAACAAUCAGCUAGAAAUUUUUAGCUGUCCUCAAGUAAUAGAAAAUUCUAGGAAAUAUUUGCUUCUCCGAACAGAUUUUUUAUAGUUAACAGUCGUCAUGUGCGUGUGAUGAAGCUUUUUCACCCUAUUCCGAACUAAAUAACCUCAUUUUAGGUUUCCUGAAACUAAACUUUAUUACUAUCUAUAAGUUUUCCAGUAAAUAACACUGGCCAUCAAUUAUCCAAUUUUUAUACAAGGUUCUCAGUGAACUUCUCAAAUACCACAUCCCUUUACUGUACUGUAGGACCUAUGGCUUACCAUAUGAGGAGUGUUUGUUCAGGGGCGGAUCAAGGAUUUUUCUUAGGAGGGGGUGCACUCGUCCCUUGCUCUACUUCAACACCAAUAAACCACAUAGUUUUUUUUUUUUGCAGAAUACCAGUUGUAUUAGAAAACCGCAGGUCAUCUCGGGGGGGGUGCACACCCCCUGCACCCUCCCCCUAGAUCCGCCCCUGUUGUUAACAUCACUCCAUCCACCCAGCAUUUAUUUUACACAAUGAUUCAUUUUUUUUUUUUUGUUAUUUUCUGUAAGAUACUACUAUCUAUCUGUGUGGGUACUGUUGGCUCUUAUUCAGGAGAGGGAGCUCAUUGAGCUUAUUGGAGGUGAUUACCGUGAAGGUGAUUAAACGUCGCCCUCCAAUAAACGCCGCCCUCAGAUGAAAGCAAAAUUACCAAUAAACGGCGCUCCUAAUCGAAAGACUGCGGCGUCUAUUCCAGAAUAAUAAGAAAGAACUCGGUACAACUUGGUAAUUUACACCAUUAAGACAUUAGCAAUUGUAUCUCAGCAAAACAAGAGAGACAUUAAGACUUUUAUAUUACAUAAUAUUUACAAACGAUUUCCAGUAACUGUUGUCAGUGAUUUAAGAACACUGUAAGAAAGAUGAUUUCGAAAUAAACGUCGCCCUAGAAUAAAUGCCGCCCUUAAAUGAACGCCCCAUCAGAAAGGCUGAAAAUUUAAGAAACGCCGCGGCGUUUAAUCGAACAAAUACCGUACUCGAGGAAAUGCAGUACACAUUGUCAUUGUUGACCACAUAAAGCCUGUAGCUGGUGUCAGGAAGAAGCCAAGCAGGUGCAAAAUGUCAGCCUUUUCUCGUAGGGGCUUAGCAUGUACCCCUGUCCCUUCCCUGACGAGGAUUAAUGCUUGCAGAAAUGAAGUUAAUAAGUCUUCAAACUAUUUUAGGGAGAGACAAAUCGGAUCAUCGCUCAACAUGCUCUUAACAAGCGUUCUUCUCGUUCACACUGUGUCUUCACCAUCUACAUUGAGUCACAUUCUCGUGUGGAAUCCAACACCAAGUAUGUCACAUCCAAACUCAACUUCGUGGACCUGGCCGGAUCAGAGAGGCUUAGUAAAACGCUCUCUGUGGGAGAAACCCAGGUAGAGGCCAUGUAUAUCAACAAGUCUCUCACAUUUCUGGAGCAAGCGGUGAUAGCGUUAGGUGACAGGAGGCGAGAGCAUGUCCCUUUCAGGCAAAGCAAGCUUACGCACGUGUUAAAGGAUUCCAUUGGAGGAAGAUGCAACACUCUGUUGAUAGCUAAUAUCUGGGGCGAGGCUGUACAUAUAGAGGAAACGGUAAUUUUUUAAAUAUAUUGCGUGAUAAUUCUAUCACGAUUUGAGUUUGAUUUUGACCUUUGUUUGUUACCAUCUCUCUAGAGCUUAUCACUUUUUAUUUAUAUUGAAGUGAUUGGGAGUUGCCAAGACUUUUUUUUUGGGGGGGGGGGGGGGGGGCUAAAGUUUGCCCUCUGAGACCUUCUUUGGCUUAAAAGGUUUGGGUCAUCCUCGGAGACCCAGGGCAAACUUUUGUCGCGCCUUUUCUCCCGGCCCGACUGACCGCCCCUGGGUAUCCGAGGAUGGGUUUGGGUAAGAGAUUGAAGUAACGUCAGACUUCUAGGGGUGCACCGGCGCUCUCGUAGAAUGGCUGUCGCCUGCAUAAGGGGGACAGAUCUGCUAGACUUCAGAUACCCUUUUAGUGGUUUGCCAGUUUGGCCUCCCUGCAUUCACACAUUAAUUUCCUAACUUAACAUUUUCUUGCGGCAAUGAUAUUGCAAGUUUUUGAAGCUGGGUAUUAAAACAACUACCGACGUCUUAGCAACCUGCGAGCCAGAUUUCAGUUUGAAUGUCAUAGGCGUUGAUAACUGUCAGCUGUUGAAAAGGAGUUAACGAUGAGUUAACUUGCUCUAAAACUUACAAUACCGGCACUUUUCCACAAUGCGGACUAAUAUUGACAUCUUUUCUGUGUUGUUCUUCUCAAAGCUCUCAACCUUGCGUUUCGGUAACCGUAUGAUGAACGUACCAUCAGAACCGGCCAUAACAGAGCACUUUGAUACGCUGCGACUUUGCAAACAACACGAGAAAGAAAUCCGUACUCUUCGCCAGGAACUCGCCAUGCACGACACCCUCACGAACCGUAGCCAAAUCUCUUACGAGCCGCUAUCCGAGUCACAAAUUCAAGAUGUCCGUGAACAAGUGAAACGAUUCUUAGCCGGGGAGUUAAACGACAUUGAGCUCGUUAAUGUUCGGCAGAUCAAGGAGACGUUCGCUCAGUUCCGAGUGAUUGUGAAUAGCAUGGAGUCGGACGUGGAAGAGAGGCUGCGACAGAAGUAUGUGCUUCAGGAAAGAGAUGGUGCAGCUUCUGGUAAGCAACAGAUUCCCUUAUGUAGUGCACUUUAAAGUUUCAAAAACGAAUCUGGAUGGAUUCGUCCCUCUAUAUUACUUUGCUGAAGGUGAAACUUUUUAAAGGGGUGGUGUCACGGCUAGCCUGUUCACAGGCCCUCUAUUUUCUCUUAAAAGUCCAUCGAGCGCGCGUGAUAAAAAUAAAAACAGCGGGGAAUUAAAUGACCGCUUGCGUAUGCGCUGUGGAACUUAAUUUUAACGAAGAAAUUGCUUGUAUACGACAAAAUCACAGCUUCUUGUCCUACAAAUAUACCUCCCUAGCAUUAUAACAAACUUUACAAACCAAAAAAAAGAACUUUGAAAAUUGUUAGGCUAACAAAUCAAAAACCUGCAAUUUCAAUCCGUUUUUAUCUUCUCCAAGUUUAUCUAUCCGUGCCUAUAUUUGUAUAUGUUGUGUUAUUAGUACCUUCUAUUAACGUUUUGAGCGAUUAUUUUUAUGUUCCACUCAGUUUGGUGUCAGUUCCUACUGACUGAAUUCAUAAUCAGAUUCGUGAGACAGCUCCUUUAAGCCAUUUCCUCUUUUCAUUUUUUCUUUCUCCUGCACAACUUUCGAAUUCAAAUUAACCCCCUCCCUUUUUCACGUCCUCCCCCACCCCUGCUACCCGGGAUGGGGGACUCCUGCUUCUUCGGAGGGGUGGGGGGGUGCGAGUCUCCAUCCGAAAAGAGUACCUUUUUCUGGCUUGAGGUAUAUGAAAAGGUAGAGGUAUUUCACCUUGAGUAUAUGAAAGGGUAGGAGAAAGUGUCAUUACGGUCUGUGAAAAGACCUAACAGCUGUGUCACGAAAUUUAUCAAAACUCAAACAGUAGAAACUGCCAUCAAAUUGAGUCAAAACAAACUGAAAUAACCGCUCAAAACAUUAAAACAACGUUUUAUUGAAGCAGCGAAAACAAAAGAAGGCACGGUUAAACGAACUUGAAGAAGGUAAAACGGAUUGCAAUUAUAGUUUUUUGACAACUUAGUAGCUUGACAUUUCAUUUUUGUUGUUUGUAAUGUUUGAUAUAAUGCUUGGGAGACAUGUUUGUUUAACGUGAAGCUGUGAAUUAGUCACUUGGAAGUAUUUCUUGGAUUGAGUUAACCCUUUAGGUCCCAAGAGUAAUCAACAUCAAUUUUCUCCUAACAACAUUAGUAGAUCAUUACGAGUAAAGGUUAUGAGAAUUACUAAAUUGAUUACCAAAGGGAGAAUGCUUUGAUCUUAGAGCAAAUUCUCUCAACUAUUCUUAAAAGAAAUGUAUGGAGAUCAGUCUGGAGAAUUUGUAUGUGGAUCUUGAAGCUUAAAGGGUUAAGUUCCAUUGAAAGUAAUGACGCGCAGUGAACUGGAGAGACGUGACAAAGCCCCUUUUAAACGGAUGGCGACAAGUUUUGUGUGUCACAUUAAUGAUCCAGUCCGGAUCCACAUAAAAUAGUCUAUGUUUGCAAAGUGAAACGAAUUUCUUUCUUUCAUCUAAUCACAGUCUUUUUCUUUUGUAGCUACCGGGGGUAAGCUAGGAGCUGUCCCCGGUGAUGACAGUGGUUUGGUUGGGGAAGUAGACGGGCAAGGAUUCGGCGUUGGAGUUGCUCCACCAGGGGUCAAACCUAAUGUCUCCACCCUAGUGAGUACCAGAAAGGUGAAAAGCCGCAACAAAGGAAAAGAAAGGGAUAGUGCAAAGUCUCCUGUCACUGGCGGUGCUGGGCAGAGUGAUGGACAAGGAAGUGGUGAGGGACAGGAUCGGCUUCAGUCACCCUCUGCCCAGUCACCUACUCAGCGCGCGUCCACGCCUCCUGCCAAGGGUCAAGCCUUUGAGGAAUUUAAACAAGAGAGGGGGAGCGAGAUUAACCGUAUUCUUAACCAGAAUAAAGGUAAAGUUUUCUCAAUAUACAGUCCACUACAGUUACUUCAGGGCUGCUUAAGCCAUUAAGAGACUCGGAAGAAUGAUAAUUGUAUAACACCAAUGAAAUACCAGGUGACCUUUUGAGCGAAACAUCUUGACCCUUGAAAAUAACAUGUUAUCCUCAGACGUGAAAAGAUUACCGUUGCUAUGGUUAUACGCUAAAUUGCGCCUCUCGCAGCAGAAAAAUAUUAAAGUGAAAUGGUUUGGUAUUUCAGUGGUGUUAAUAUAAUAAAUACAGUCCAAGCUCUAGGACACCAUUGGCCACUUAUGGAGAUGUAAAAAUAGAGUUGUAUGGGAGUUGAAUGAGAAAAAGAGGGUUUUAUGAACGCGGCUGUUAGUAGAGCUUUCCACGUACGAGAGUGUCCGUUAUAUAUUCACUCGUUCCCUACGCUUGUUCAUGAAGAAAAAUUUCCUAUCUCCGCGCGGCUAUGAAAUAUCUAUGUGCAGUUUUUUUAAGGUGAACACAGCACUGCAAUGUUGUAACCAUUCGAAACAAUAGUGAACUUACGCAACAGGACGGGAGAGGAAAGAAGACGGCAAACCUUGUGUGACAAGCGUGACAAUAAUUUUGCUUGAAAUAACUUUUCGCCAAAAUUCACCUUCCUUUAAACAGAUCUUUUUGUAAAAGACCAGAAAACAUUGAUGUUAAGUGAAGAUCACGACAAAACACGUAAGAAAUAGCCUUGUCACGUUUGUCACACACGAGCGUUCUGCCGUCUUCUUCUUCCUGCCGUCCCGUUGCGUAAAUCACUAAUGUCGCAACAAUGUUACAACACUGUGUUGCGGUAAAAAUCGUCAUUGUGAAUCGUCUCAUGUAACAUCACCUUUAGCUGUGAAACACCUAGAAACUGUAGAGGAGUCUAUGCUUCAUUCCAGGUCGAACUGAAAUUUGAACAGGUUGGUUUUGAAGAAAAGUGGGAAAAACGGAGCAUCUGGAAAAGAAUUUCUUUAAGCAUUGAUCCGACCAUCACCCUACCCUUACGCUUGCUCCCCCACGAUUACACAAACUCGAUGCGAAUGAAGAAGACCAGUGUUGACUCCGUCAGACAGUUUUCAUGUUUCUACUUUUGCGCAUGCGUAAGUCCCUGGCCAGGUCGUGCGUUGGUUUGAAAGGGUCACUUGUUUUAAGUGUCCCUUUUAGCUUGUGUUUGUUUAAGACGCGUGCGCCAACCCUUCAUUCAAACAAAUUCGAUUGGUGGGCGUUUUUAGUUGUUUAAACCCUCUUAAAUCUCCCUUUUUUCAGAAAUUCUGCGGGAAAAGAAGAGGAAAGCGAAAGAACUAUCUGAGUCCGUCAAUAAUUUGAUGAAAGAGAUUAAUGACAAUGGAGUCUUACUUGAGACGAGGAGACAAGAACGACUCGAACAAGGAGAAUUCCGAACGGAUGAAGGACAAGUCGUGAUCGACGAAGAUGAAUACGAACUCGUUCGGAAAGUCAAGGAUCUCAAGUCGCACUAUAGACGCGAUUACGAGGACCUGCUGAACACAAAGUCUGAGGUGACGUACUGUGAAAAGCUGGUGAAUCAGUGCAGGCAUCGACUGGUCACUGAGUUCGAUAACUGGUAUUCCGAGUCGUUCCUUGGAGCCGACGAUGAGUCGAAGUCUGGCCGAGACGGUCGGAUUCCCGAAGAUGAGCAAGAAAAAUUCGAUCGGCUUCAACUCGAGCUUUUAAUGGAGCAUCCCGACUCCGUGCCUUACUAUAAUGCGAAGAUGCAAACUGAGCGACGAAUGCACCUUACAGCCAGCGGCGGGUCACAAAAGAAGAGGAGACCUGGUGCUCUGAUUGCUACAGUACGCAACAAACCACCGACCUCGUUAACCGUCACGUGACUAGUCCUAGAGUAAAAACAUAAUGUAACUAAAAGUGUAAAAGGGGG